GGUAUGAGACAGAUGGGAAGAGAGAGGAGGGAAGAGAGAGGAGGGAAGAGAGAGGAGGGAAGGGAGAGGAGGGCAGCGAGAGGAGGGAAGAGAGAGGAGGGAAGAGAGAGGAGGGAAGAGAGAGGAGGGACGACAGAGAAGGGAACAGAGAGGAGGGAAGAGAGAGGAGGGAAGAAAGAGGAGGGAAGAGAGAGGAGGGAAGAGAGAGAAGGGAAGAGAAAGGAGGGAAGAGAGAGGUGGGAAGAGAGAGGAGGGAAGAGAGGGGAGGGAAGAGAGAGGAGGGACGAGAGAGCAGGGAAGAGAGAGCAAGGAAGAGGUAGAAGGGAAGUGAGGGGGGGGAAGAGAGAGCAGGGAAGAAAGGGGAGGGAAGAGACGGGAGGGAAGAGAGAGCAGGGAAGAGAGAGCGGGGAAGAGAGGGGAGGGAAGAGAGGGGAGGGACGAGAGAGGAGGGACGAGAGAGGAGGGACGAGGGAGGAGGGAAGAGAGGGGAGGGAAGAGACGGGAGGGAAGAGAGGGGAGGGAAGAGAGGGAAGAGAAGAGAGGGGAGGGAAGAGAGAGGAGGGAAGGGAGAGGGGGGAAGAGAGAAGAGGGAAGAGAGAGGAGGGAAGAGAGAGGGAAGAGAGAGGAGGGACGAGAGAGCAGGGACGAUAGAGGAGGGAAGAGAGAGAAAGGAAG